AUGACCUAUUACUUUACUAUGGAACUACAUAAAGCUGCGUGCGAAGGCGACUACAAUCUUGCUUCGAAGAUGCUUUUCAGUCGACGACAGUUUGAUGUCAACGCCAUUGGUCCAAAUGGACAGACACCACUAUACCUAGCAUGCACUUAUAACCACCUCGAAAGUGUCGAGCUAUUAUUAGAACAUGGCGCUUGCAUGGAAACAGGUGACAUUGAAGGGAUUAGACCUUUGCACAUUGCGUGUGCUUGGAAUGAUGUUACUCUGGCUUUUCUUUUGUUGGAGAACGGUGCCGAAAUAAAUGCCAUGUCGAAUCAUCAAAUGACGCCAUUGGACGUGGCAUGUCGACAUGGUAAUUCGCGAAUUGUUGAAAUGCUUCUAGUACGAGGUGCUGCUCUCGAAGGAAACGCCAGAUUCGGUCCUUUGCACUUUGCCACAGAAGCUGGCCACUUUCACAUUGCCGACAUUUUGCUACGACAAGGCGCUGACAUUGAAGCAAAGACAAAAGAGGGACUAUCCCCGUUGCAACUCGCUUGUCACUUUUCUCAUUUGCGGACUGCUCGGUUACUACUGGAUCACGGUGCAAAUUUGGAAUGCAGUUCGGAUGAUGGUGAGCACACACCACUGGUUAUCGCGUGUUAUUAUGGUCAUUUGGAGAUGGUGCGUUUCUUGUUAGACCGAGGAGCCGAAGUAAACCCGACAAGAGAAAUGCAAUGGUCGCCAUUGCAUACUGCAUGUGAAUUCGGCUAUUGUGAGAUUACACGCCUGCUUCUAGACCGAGGUGCAGGUUUGGAAGUAAAGGGGUGUAAGGCGGAAGCCACUCCAUUGCAUAUUGCAUGCGAGAAUGGACAUCCAUGGAUUGCUCGGGUAUUAUUAAGUCGAGGUGCCGACCUUGAAGCCAGGGACAUCAGUGAAUCCACACCUUUGCAUAUUGCAUGUUAUGGUGGUAAUCUGGACGUUGUCCUUGUAUUGAUAGAUCACGGUGCUUGUUUGGAAGCCAAACGGCGUGAAGAAAUGACAGCUCUACACGUUGCUUGCAAAUUCGGUAGAUUGGAUGCUGCCACAGCAUUGUUAGAUAACGGCGCCAAUGUGAGUGCAAUAGACAAACAUGGAUCGACACCAAUGUUUACUGCCUGCCGGAGCAACAAUACAGAACUCGUUUGGCUAUUAGCUCACCGAUGCCCAUGGUUGUUGAUGGAUUUGAACCAUGAUGUAGUCCACAAGGGGGGUCUUGCGGGGCUCCAUACUGAAUAA